AUGGUAGCAACCAGAAUUGUAAAAAAUAAAAACUUUCAGAGUAUUGCAGAAGACUUACUUGGUCGUAAUUAUACCAAGGAGAUCGUUGACAGUGACACCGACUAUUGGGAUCAUAUGGUGAAACAGCCCAAUCUGUGUGAGGAAGUUUUUGAAGAUUUGGCUUUUCAGCAGUUGGCCAGAAUAUUGGAAGGAUGCCUGUCUAGAGCAAAGCACAGAAAACUACACUGUUUAGAGGUUUUGGUCCCAGAAAAACUUACCAGAAGAAUUGCACGAGAUGUGCUGUGCCUUGCCUCCACUGAGCCUUGUGGUAUAAGGGGCUGUAACCUGUAUGUAAACUUGGAAAUCAAGAUGUGCAAAAAGCUUGAUAAAAUUGUUUAUGAUUGUAGUGUAGUUCCUACUUUUGAGCUGAUGUUCAUUUUCAAGCAGGAUGAGGAUGCUUGGUCCAGUCUCAGGGAUUUCUUCUUCAUUCGAACAUGUUUCGCACCUACUUUCAGGCAUGCACUCUGA